CGCAGGAGGACAAAGAGCCUGUUAUCGAGCUCUUCGUCAAGGCUGGCAGUGAUGGCGAGAGCAUAGGAAACUGCCCCUUCUCCCAGAGGCUUUUCAUGAUCCUUUGGCUCAAAGGCGUGGUAUUCAGUGUCACCACUGUUGAUCUGAAAAGGAAACCUGCAGACCUGCAGAAUUUGGCUCCAGGGACUCACCCACCAUUUAUAACUUUCAACAAUGAAGUCAAAACGGAUGUGAACAAGAUUGAGGAGUUCCUUGAGUCAGUUUUAUGCCCACCUAAAUACUUAAAACUUUCCCCAAAGCACCCAGAGUCAAACACUGCUGGAAUGGACAUCUUUGCCAAAUUUUCUGCAUUUAUUAAGAAUUCAAGGCCAGAAGCUAAUGAAGCUUUGGAGCGGGGCCUCCUGAAAACCCUGCAGAAACUGGACGACUACCUGAACUCUCCCCUCCCCGACGAAAUCGAUGAGAACAGCAUGGAGGACGUCAAGCUCUCCACCCGGAAGUUCCUGGACGGCAACGAGAUGACGUUGGCCGACUGCAACCUGCUGCCUAAGCUGCACAUUGUCAAGGUGGUGGCCAAGAAGUACCGCAACUUCCUUAUCCCGAAGACCAUGACUGGCAUCUGGCGCUACCUGACGAACGCGUACAGCCGGGAUGAGUUCACCAACACCUGUCCAAGCGACAAGGAGGUGGAGAUGGCGUACAGCGAUGUAGCCAAGAGACUAACUAAGUAAAGCAGCCUCGGGACGGGGGGCCUCCUGCCCUCCCCUUUAACAGAACACGCUUCUUAACAGAAUACCGCUCCUCUUCCUAUCAUGUAGAAGUCAUAUUUUGCAUGAAUAUGCAGUUACUCAAAAUUAGGAUAAAGGAUAGACUAGGUACAAUAGCUAUCAAAAAUAUACACUCCUACCAAGUGUUGAAGUGGUCUUUUUUUGGUGUUUUUUUGAGCCCCAUUUUUUCCCUGCCCCCUCCACAUUCUGUUGAGUUUGGAGACGUUCCAGCACAACAGGGUGUUCAUAAGUAUUUAUCAUCUUUUCAGGGCACUCUCUGUUUUGUCUGUUCCCUGCUGGCGAUAGAGUUAUAAAGAAUUGGAUUGACCUUUACCUUAGAUGGGAACUUCACAAGUCAGCCACAGACUCUCAGCCCCAAUGUGUGAUAUAUAUAUGUUGUAUUUAUGUGGAUUUGGGAUUUCCUGAUUGUAGGCAAGACUGCGGAAAGAGCACUGCUGCCUCAGCAGCAUCUGCAUCCAGCUGUUCCUGAGCAGGCUCCCUGCAGAGCUAGGGAAGGACUUGCUCCCUUUUCCACACUAGCUCUUCCCAGUUUUGGUUUGUAGAAAAAUCCUUUUUCUCCUCUUUUCUCCCCAACAGCAUUUGUUUCUUUAUUCCAGUUGUGACCUCUCUGUACAGAGUGUUUGUAGGGAGAGCUGGUGGGGCUCAUUGUGUCCCCCGGUGGGAGGAGUGCUUGGGCAUGGGCCUUAAAAGUGGGUCAGACUUGGCAGUUUUUGUCCUAACAAGAAGAAGUCUGACUCCGUUGAUUUGGAAACAGCACCGAGUUCUCCAGUUUGGUUUGAAUGGAAAUAAACUUGCCUUGAGGUGGCAAAGAACUUUUGCUCUUUUUAGGUCUUUUGUGAAGUUUUCUGCAAGUAAAUUCACUAGUGGCCUAGACUUUCGGUGACUGGGAGGUAGAUACUCUGGGCAGUGGUAGAAGCGCAGUGAUCAGCGAUGUGAGAAAGCUCAGAGAGACCCAAGGGAAAGCCUGGCUUGAUUGGGUUUGGGCAGGGACUGACUCAAAGGGACCUUACCUGAAGUCCAGACCUGCCCAGCCUAGGCCCAGGCCGAGUCCUUGAUAGGAGAGAGUCCUCGUCACCCCCUUAGCAACAUCACCAUGGCCACGGUCAGUGUCUGUGCAUGAGCACAGCUGGAUAGUCCGGAGUAACCACGAUCCUGGCCCUUCUGUGAAUUGUCUCACCGCAGCCACACUGAAAAUAACGCCACCUUAGAAAUCACCACCACCACCCCCGAGAGUACCGACUUCUAAGUCAGGGUCAGUCACGUUUUCCUGAGGGAUGAAAAGCAAGUGUAGCAUUGAGAAAAGCUGGCAUGAGUGCUGCUCCAGAGAAUAUGAUUAUGGUUAUAGUGAUUUGGUAAUAGCUUUUUAUAUUUUAUAAAACUGAAGUGCUAUUUCUCCUAAGCUAUCUUGUGAGAAUUUUGGACCAUACCCCUUAAAAUGGGAAUGCUCUUAUAUGCUAACAUUUCAUGAGCAUUGGCUUUGUGGAGACAGCCUGACUCUUUAAAGUAUCCUGCCUUUUUUAUUUUGUGUGUAUGUUCUACUUUACCAUAAAGUUAACUCAGCAUAGGAAAGUAACAGCAACAAAAGGUCUGUUUUGUGUCCAUUUGGCUCAGGAAGAUGCCUUGGUCUUGCCUUUAUUAUUGCCCCCAUUGCAGAUCAAAUGUUGACAAAAAAUUUUUUUUAGGUUUUUGUUUUUAACCCUUGUCUCAAAAACUUUGCCUGGAGACUUUUUCAGCUCCAGAAGGAAAAAACUGCAAAUCGGUUCUCGAGGACUUAGGGGACCCCUGUCCUUCCCUUGUUCCCUUGGUCAGAGGGAUGCAUCUGUACCUGGACAUUUCCUCAAACCAUCACCUUCCCUUCUUCCCUUUUAAGUUAUGGCAUUUCUGGGAGUCAUAGAGGGGUGGAGGAAAGCGUGGGAGAGGAGGAGUCCAUGUUCUCUUUAGCCAAACUGAGAGCUGAUGAAAGAGAGGGAGGUGGUUCCGUGAGUUGCCUUGACCAGAAGCUGUGAAUCCUUUGAUGAUACUUUGAUAAAUUGAUCCUUGAGCCACAGCAGAUGCAGGCAGCCUGUCUUUUGCCUGGGGUCCCAGAGAAGCAUGGUGGAGAACUGGCCUAGAUUUGGGUCUCCCAGGGUCACUUCUGCAAACAGGAUGAGAAAACACAGGCAGUGAGAGAGAGGGCACUGCUGGGAAGAGACAUCCCUCACCCACCUCCCCGCCCUGUUCCCUGUAUUAAAUGGCUCCUCCCAGCCUUUGCCAGCACUUCUUGCCCUCCCUUCUUCAGAGAACUUCCCUAAUUCGGUAUAAGUUGAAUCCAGAUUUCUCUUAUGUGAGAACUUAGGUUUCAUCCCUUUUAGUUCUUUGUUUAAUUAAGGACAUUAAGUAGUAAGGAUCGUUGAGACUGGGCUAAAUGAAUUCAAACUGAGAAAUGAACAGAAAAUUAAAAGGCUGUUGUCCACAACCAUAACCGCUUUCCUUCUGCCAUAUGUCCGGCCCAUUUCUGGACCACCAGAGGGGCACAGCGGUGCCGGAGGGACACAGGACCUGUGCUCUCUGCAGGGGGGGGGGGGCUGCUUGGGGUUCCUUUCUUCCCCAUGUUGGGAAGCUCCACCAGAGCUAUAGGGAGUUGUUGGAUUGUGUUUAUUUCCACAUAGCUAACAUCCAUUUAGAAACGAGCCCUCCCUCCCCCCAAAAGGCAAAAUUUGGAACAAAUAGCCAUUUAUUUUAUUUUGUACCUGUUUUGACAUCCAUCUCAUCUUGUGGUUGAGUGUGCUAAUGAACCAAUUUCUUGUGCUAUUUAUAAUCAGCAUUGAAUUCAAAGACAAGCAAGUUUGUCAUGCUUUAGUCACAUAAGUCAAGCCCCUCUGGGGCCAAGUGAGUGUCCUGCCACCAGGUUUAUAUUUUUGCCGUGGAAGUGGUCUCAGCCCCUGAAGCCAUAGCAUUGGACAGAAUUGGAAUAUUUUCUGCAGAAUUACUUGAACAGUUCAAUGAAAAUGUAUUGUAGUAAGCCUCUUGUCUUCCUUUCUUUCUGGAACUUCUUUUACA